AGGGACGGGUCGGGGUAGGUGGAGCGAUUUGUACUUGGUGGUGUCUGUUGUAGCUAGUCAAGCCGAGAUUUUCCUGACAGACUACAUUCCAGGCUAUUCUACAACUUUUAAUUGAUCUGUUACUUUUUUUAAACCCACUUGGCGCACACGUGACCUAGCUAACGGUUUUCAACAAUAAACCAAAUGUAGAAUUUACCAAGUGACAAGAUUCAUCAAGGAAGAAACAAAAAACUUGACACAGACCAAGAAAAAAACAACCAAGCAACAAGUUUCGUUACUUUUGUUCAGAAAACUCUAAACGUGGAAUAAUCCCUGCCAAGUUUCGACCCCACAGCGUCAAGUUUCUCUGUGUGGUUUAAGAUAUCGCCGUGUGGUUUGAAGAUUUCGCCGUGUGGUUUGAAGACCUCGCCGUGUGGUUGAGGUCCCGUCUUGUGGCUGAGGUUUGUCUGCCGUGCCCCACCCACCAUCAUUCUGGAGCUAGUCUUGACGUUAGACUCGGGCCUAGGCGAGUCUGGCAGCAGUCAUCUGCUCAUGUCAGAUGACUUUCUGACCCCUGUGGAUAGUCCUCCGUCUAAUGAAGAAACCGACGACAGUAACUUAGCCUACCGUCUAGGAACUCUGUGGGCUGGUAUGGAUCUAGACACAGUCAUUAAAUGUGAGCCAAACAGCCCUCUCGGCCUGGGACGGUGCAACCAGCCCAACUUGGACGACAGCUUCCCUCGGGAUGUCUUCGCCUACGACCCCUCCCACGACGACUACGGGUCGGACCGUUCCUACCAGGGAGACAGUGCCGACAGUGGGAAUAUAUCCCCGUGUAGCUUAGACAAUAUCAAAAUCGACUUCUGCUCCACUACGUUUAACACUGAGAACGGUGAAGGCACUGACGGAGCUAAGAGACUUUGUCUUGUGUGUGGUGAUGUGGCCUCUGGAUAUCAUUAUGGUGUCUCCUCUUGCGAGGCGUGUAAAGCAUUUUUCAAAAGGACAAUUCAAGGUAAUAUAGAAUACUCAUGUCCAGCUAGUGGCGACUGUGAGAUCACAAAACGUAGGAGGAAGGCUUGUCAGGCUUGCAGAUUUCAGAAAUGUCUGACUGUUGGCAUGUUGCGAGAAGGUGUCCGUCUAGAUCGUGUCAGAGGUGGAAGACAAAAAUACAAACGUAGUUCAGACUGUCAAACACAUGUACAGCCCAUUAUACCAAUGGUCAUAAAGAAGUCAUGUUUAGAAGUUGCAGACAAUAAAAUCCUGACAAUGUUGCUAGCACUAGAGUCACAGAUGGAAGUAUUACGGGCCAACACUGACACAGCUAUGGAUUCAGAUGUGAAGUUUAUGGCUGCGGCAUCUGACCUUGCUGACAGGGAGUUGGUCAUGACCAUCAGUUGGGCCAAGCAGGUUCCAGGUUUCUCCGCCCUGUCCCUAGUUGAUCAAAUGAUGUUGUUACAACAUUCUUGGCUGGAAAUCCUUAUGUUAAGUCUUGUCUUUCGCUCCUGCCCUUACAAAGGUCAGAUCUGCUUUGCAGAGGACCUUCAGAUAUCCGAAGAAAUGGUAGAAACUCUAAACUUUCCUUCAGAGCUGGAUGCUCUUGUACGCAAGCUUAGUAAGAAAUUUACGCACCUCAAUGUCAGCAAAGAUGAAUUUGUACUCCUCAAGGCCAUAACACUUUGUAAUAUUGAUGUUGUAGCAGAGCUUGGGGAGUGUGUGGCGCACCUACAGGACCAGCUGCAAGAUGCUCUCUCAGACUGUGUCAAGUCUGUCUAUGGCCAGAACACUAGGCGUCUGGGACAGCUGUUCCUCUUGCUGCCAUCCAUAACACACAUCAAGCUCCUGGCCAAACAGUUCUGGUACGACAUGAAGAAAGAUGGCCGCGUCAUGAUGCAUAAGCUCUUCCUGGAAAUGCUGGAUGCAGACUCCUGAGAUUGGCUCAACUGUAGGGAAAGCUCUUGUUGCUGCACAUUUCAAAGGCUGGAAUGUACAUAUUCAUCAUCUAAGUUUCUAGUUCCCUAGUGUAGUCAUGCUGUAACCUGCCUUAGACUAAUUAGCUAGCCACAAUGUUUUAACCAAGCAAUAUUUUUGAGGAAGAAAAAAAUUAUGGACUGAAGAAAUGGACAAUACCACCAGCCUUUCAUCGACUACGAAACAAAAGUAAUUGAAAUCAAUUUUUCCCAGCAAAAAAAAAAGAUGGUAAGGCGUCAUUAGUCACGUACUUUUGUAUUGAGCCUGUGGCCAACCAUCCAAUGUGAAGUUUUCUCAAGAAAAUGUAUCAAUGAAGGCAGCCAGGGUCAUCUCCCUGUGUAGGCUGUUGCUAGUGGGUGUCCUACAGCACAAUCAUCAAACAGGAGAUGACACUUUGUUUAUUUUGGUUUUGUUUUUGAAAACCACUCCACUCAAAUUAUCAACGAUUCAAUAUUUUUAAAAGGGUUUUGUUUAUACCUAAAUUCAAAUGAUUUAAGGCAUUUUGGCUAAAACACUUGCCAUGCAUUAUACUUCAUUUUCUGUCAAUGACUUGCAUCUUCAAUAUUUAAAGGGGGGUAACUGGUCAACCAGUUUAAAUUAUUUUAUUUUGCUGUGGGAACAAUUCACAAUGGGUGUUCCCUGGGGAAUGGCAUCUCAUUUCAUUUGGGAAAGUAAUUUUUUUAAUCUGUUGAGAAGUAUUAUAUUUUUGUUUUAGAAAUGAAUGAAAAAUAACUUGUGAUGAUUAGAUAUCAAACCUUUUUUACGAUAUUUUUUUAAACAAAUUAUUUCAAGAUUUGAACCUCAGGUCUGGUUACUGCAACAAUGAUCAAAUGUUACUUGUCCAUGUUUGGUGAAUUCUCUAGUUGCUAUGGCAACUUUUCAAAUGGACUUUUUCUAUAAAAAUAA